AUGGCACAGAAAAUGUUUAGAAAGUUUGUAAAUUGUGUGAACGAUAACUUCCUGGCGCAGUUGGAAAGAAAGUCCACCAGGAGAGGAGCCCUGCUACACCUGCUGCUCACAAAGAGAGAAGAACUGGUGAGAGAUAUGCAGGCUAGGAACUGUCUUGGGCAGAGAGACUACAAAACAGUAGAGUUCUUGUGUUGCAAGCAGGAGCAGAGAGGUGAUUGUUCCCCUAUAUUCAGCACUAGUGAGGCCACACCUCAAGUACUGUGUCCAGUUUUGGGCCCUCACUGCAUGAAAGAUAUUGAGGCCCUGGAACAUGUUCAAAGGAGGGCAACAAAGCUGGUGAGGGGUCUGGAACACAGGCCAUAUGAGGAGAGGCUGAAGGAGCUGGGAAUGUUCAGCCUGGAGAAGAGAAGGCUCAGGGGAGACCUCAUUGCUCUCUAUAACUUCCUGAAGGGAGGUUGUAGUGAGCUGGGGGUUGGCCUCUUCUCUCGUGUCAUUAGUGAUAGGACCAGGGGGAAUGGCUUCAAGCUACGGCAGGGGAGAUUCAGGCUGGACAUUAGGAAGUAUUACUUUUCAGAAAGGGUGGUCAGGCACUGGAAUGGACUGCCCAGGGAGGUGGUGGAGUCACCAAGCCUGGGGGUGUUCAAGGAAAGGCUGGAUGUUGUGUUGAGGGACAUGGUUUAGUGGGAGCUAUUGGGAAUAGGUGAACGGUUGGACUGGAUGAUCUUUUAGGUCUUUUCCAACCUUGGUGAUUCUAUGAUUCUAUGAUUCUAUCGCAACUUCAGCCAACUCCUUUUCCCAUUACAUUGUGUGGUUUUUGAUCACUAGCCUAAGAAAUGCUUAUAAGUGUUACUGUACAUACCAACUAUUUUAAUAGAUG